CUCAUCGUAGAAAAAUGCGGCUUCUCCUGACGUCAGCCGGGCAUCUAGAUCUUACUGCUGCGUGCCGAGAGAGAGAGAGAGAGGCUUCCCUCUCCUCAGUUCCACUCUCUCAGCCAGCAAACUCCAAAAAGCAGGGCUUAGACUCAGUAACUGAGAGAGAAAAAGAAAACAAAACAAUCAGAGGAGAAGAAGAAGCACAAUUAACAGCAAUGAAAGUUCCUUGUCCCAAUCUUUUUUUGUUUAUUUUUUUGACUCUGCCUUCCAUAAUUCACCCGUCAAGAGGGGUGCCCAGAAUUCAAAACUUGAGCACGGAUGCUCACAGAAGAAUUCUACACCAGCCCUUGUUUCCGGUCGACUCCACUCCUCCACCGGACGAAGAGCCCCCGCCUCCACCUCCAGGAGGCUCGGCUUUCCCUAACCCAGAUGAGCCCUUCUUCCCAGAGGUACCCACUGGUCCAACCCCGGAUCAGACCCAGACUACCAAUACAGCUCCUCCUUCCAAUAACAUCUCCGGCCCCGUUGCAACUGCAGCAACACAGCAAGCCAGCCCAACAAAGAAGGUUGCUAUUGCAAUUUCUGUUGGAAUUGCCACCUUGGGUAUGCUCUCCGCAUUGGUAUUCUUCCUGUACCGACACCGGGCAAAACACCCUGUUGAAUCUCGGAAGCUUGUCCGAGGGAAUUCCCGACCGUUUCUACAAGAAUCAACAGCCUCUGCUUCAGACUUUCUCUACCUCGGGACUGUGGAGCCUUCGAAUGGGAGAGGACGCAAUCAGCCCAAUGGAGCAAGCUCUUCCCCUAACAACAAGCUAAUCUCGAUCCAUCAGUCGGAGCUGCAUCGUCCAAGCCCCGACCUUCAGCCACUCCCGCCGCUGGCCAGGUCUCCAAGGAGGACUUCACCCCCUGCUGCCAUGUCAUCCGAUGAGGAUACAUAUUAUACUCCCCAGGGCUCAUCAGUUGGGAACGGUGGAAGUCCUUGCACAUCUGUUACACGUCAAAUUCUUCCCACAACCACCACUUUGGCGAUGAAUGCCAAAAGCCUCACCAGUGCCAGUAGUUCUACUCCUCAUUCUCGGAGGUCUUCUCCCAAAUCACGUCUUUCAAUGUCUUCUCCUGAUGACAAACAUACCAUCGUACCAUCAAUGCCACCUGCACUAGCACCUCUUCCUCCUCCACCACCCCCACCCCCACCGCCGUUGCCACCGCCACCACAAAAGUACCAAGUUCAAGAUGGUCAACCUAAAACACCAUCGCCUCCCAAGCGGAGGGCGAAGUUUCCAUCUCCACCUUCUCCGCCACAAAAUUUGGUUCGUCCUCAGUCAAUCAACGAUCCAUCACCAAUGUCAUCUAAAAUACAAUUUCCACCUCCACCUCCACCUCCACCCCCGCCACCGCCUCCACCACCAGCAGUGCUUAGGAAAGGAAGACCUACAGAAACAAAGGUAUCGGCGUCGAUUCCCGUUCAGACAUUGUCURGGCCUCAACCUAAGUUGCCUAUUCCAAAGGUUGUUACUGAGACAAAAAUAGCAGUACCAAAUGCAGAAAGUACUCAAGGUGGUUGUUCUUCCGAGCAACUCAAUGCAGGCAAUGAUAUAGAUGGGGCAAAGCCCAGGUUGAAGCCAUUGCACUGGGACAAAGUACGGGCAAGUUCAGAUCGAGCCAUGGUGUGGGACCAAUUAAAGUCAAGUUCAUUUCAAUUAAAUGAAAACAUGAUUGAGACUCUUUUUGGCUGCAAUUCAGCAAAUUCGGUUCAGAAAGAAGCGACUAGAAGAAGUGUGCUCCCUCCCGUCGAACAGGAGAACAGGGUUUUGGACCCAAAGAAGUCACAGAAUAUAGCUAUACUUCUGAGAGCAUUAAACGUAACAAGAGAUGAGGUCUCUGAGGCACUCUUAGAUGGUAACCCUGAUGGUUUGGGUGUUGAGCUUUUGGAAACUCUGGUAAAGAUGGCCCCAACCAAGGAAGAAGAACUAAAACUGAGGAACUACAAUGGUGACAUAUCAAAACUAGGAUCUGCAGAGCGAUUUCUCAAGACGGUGCUGGAUAUACCAUUUGCUUUUAAAAGAGUUGAUGCAAUGUUGUACAGGGCCAAUUUUGAGGCAGAAGUAAAAUACUUGAGAAAGUCCUUUGAAACCUUAGAGGCAGCAUGUGCAGAGUUGAAGAACAGCCGGCUAUUCCUCAAACUUCUGGAAGCAGUUCUCAAAACAGGGAACCGGAUGAAUGUUGGCACCAACCGUGGUGAUGCUAGAGCUUUUAAGCUGGAUACACUAUUGAAACUAGUAGAUGUAAAAGGUAUUGAUGGAAAGACAACAUUGCUCCACUUUGUAGUGCAGGAGAUUAUUAGGUCAGAAGGUUCAGGUUCUGACCCCGCAGUGGAGAACCCUCCUACUAAGAUGUCCCCAAAAGUAAAGGAUGAGGAUUUCCGGAAGCAAGGUUUACAGGUUGUGGCUGGACUGAGCAGAGAACUUGGGAACGUGAAAAAGGCAGCGGGAAUGGACUCAGAUGUCCUAAGCAGCUAUGUAUCAAAACUUGAAAUGGGGCUUGAAAAAGUCAGGUCUGUUUUGCAAUAUGAGAAAUCAAAUACGCAGGGGAACUUCUUUGAAGCAAUGAAACUAUUCCUCAAGGAGGCUGAAGAGGAGAUCAUUAGAGUCAGAAGUGACGAAAGAAAGGUGCUAUGCCUUGUAAAAGAGGUGACGGAAUACUUUCAUGGAGACACAGCAAGGGAAGAAGCCCAUCCUUUCAGAAUUUUUGUGAUUGUAAGAGAUUUCCUCUCUGUGUUGGACCAAGUUUGUAAAGAAGUUGGACAGAUGCAGGAGAGGACAAUGGUGGGUUCUGCCAGAUCAUUUCGGAUAUCUUCUAGUGCUUCAUUACYAGUUCUUAACAGAUACAAUACUAGACAAGAUGGAAGUUCAGAUGAAGAUAGCUCGUCACCUUAACACGUGCACCCUGUGAAGAAAUGGCAUUCAGAAAGGAACCAAUUAAACAGUGACCCUAUCGUUGCACAUCAUUUUUUUUUUGGUGGGGAAGCUGGCUAUGUAGAGUGAUGAUAAAUUCCCCCACAAAAUGGACAGGAUCCUCUUAAGUUAUAGGUGGUGCUUCCAAAAGGGAAAAGAAAAACAAACUGCAUGGAAACUAAAGAAGCAUAACGUUUGCAGACUGGAGUCUGGAGACCUAAGAAUCCAUUAAUAGAAAUUGAAGUUAACUCAGAUGUCACAUCAAAAUCCUACACCCAACAGGAAGCUCUACGAGAUACAUGAAACUAGUCGGGACUGUUUCACAUUUUAUCGUCAAGUAUGAACUACUAGAGUAACAAUGACACAGUUAAAGUUAAAGAUAUAAUAAUCUUUCAGCCAAUUUAUUUAGGAAAAGGGGAAUGUUCCUUGAAUUUUGGGAUCACUUAUUUUUUGUGGUUCAAUGUAGUUGUUGAAAUAAUUCAUUGUGAGUAGACUAGCUGUUGGUUAGCUGUUAUUUCGUGGAGGGAUUUUAUUGGUAUAUCGUGCAAGGGAUGAAUACUUCUCCCUCUCUUCUUUGUAUAUUGUUGAACCAAUAAAUCUAUCUUCCAACA